AUGCAAUUCUUCAGGAAAUGGAGAUUCACCUCCUCAGCAAGCAUUAAAAUUCAUCAAAGAAUCCACACAGGAGAGAAACCUUUUAGCUGUACUCAAUGUGGGAAGAGAUUUACUACAUCUGGCUCUCUGACUUUACACCAGAGAACACACACAGGAGAGAAACCUUCUAGCUGUGGUCAAUGUGGGAAGAGUUUUGGUCAAUCUAGUGAUCUGACAGUGCACCAGAGAAUACAUACAGGACAGAAACCCUAUAGCUGUGAUCAAUGUGGGAAGAGUUUUGUUCAAUCUGGCCAGCUGACAUUACACCAGAGAACACACACAGGAGAGAAAUCUUAUAGCUGUGAUCAAUGUGGGAAGAGUUUUGGUCAAUCUGGCCAGCUGACUCAACACCAGCGAACACACACAGGAGAGAAAUCCUAUAGCUGUGAUCAAUGUGGCAAGAGUUUUGGUCGAUCUUGCCAUCUGACUCAACACCAGGGAACACACACAGGAGAGAAAUCUUAUAGCUGUGGUCAAUGUGGGAAGAGUUUUGGUCAAUCUGGCCAGCUGACAUUACACCAAAGAACACACACUGGAGAGAAACCUUAUAGUUGUGGUCAAUGUGGGAAGAGUUUUUCUGCAUCUAGCAGUCUGACUCUACAC